AUGGCGCUUCAUCCUUCACAUCCCUCAUCCUUUUCCCCUUCUUUGACUCCUUCAACUUCUGCUUCUUCUGUGUCUCCUGGGUCUCCAGAUGCCUUGGUGAUCCCACCCGCCACGAUUGAUGUUGUUUUUCAUCAUUGCGGUAUUCGACUGGCUCUUCCAGUAGAUGCAGCAUACUUUACCCUACUACAAUCGUUGAAGGAUGCAUUCUUCUCAUCUCUAUCAGGCAGAUCGGAAACAGAUGAUGACAUCCAGUCGCCAGUGGACCUAGCCUUGGCGUAUCUCGACUUCAUACAGGUGGAGCAGACGGGAUUUCCGGCUUUAUUCGCUGCUCUGAACGCGUUCAACCGAGCGUUUCUGUUGGGAAAGACCAUCGAUAUCCAUUCUUUUGUGGCGGAGACUACGAAUGAUCCAACCAAACGAAGACGAUGGUUACAAAUUUACUACCGAGCAGUGAAUGCGAGCGGCGACCAAGGCCUGCAGCAUCAUAUUGUUCAUGCCGCUGGAUCAUACAGUACCCGCAGCGCUUUUGUUGAUCAUGUGAAAAGAAACCUAAUCCAGCCCAUGGCGGUCUUCGGAGGCCAGGGGGACGUGGGUCGUACAUGUGUGCAAGAACUAUCAGAGAUCUACGAUAUCUACCACCCAAUUCUCAAUGACCUUGUGAUUACUGUUGGGCCACUGCUGUCUGAGCUCUCGCAGCUGCCGAAGUGUAGUCGUUACUAUCAUGGCCGCGCCAUAGACCUUCAAUUGUGGCUCGAGCCAGAAUUCGGGGAACUCGACACGGAAUUUGUUGCGAGUGCGCCCGUGAGCGUGCCCAUCAUCGGGGUCUUGAGCCUGGCACGGUACACAGUGGUCUGCUAUGUGUUAGGCCUCACGCCUGGGGAGCUGCGCGCCUUGCUGCGAGCAACAACGGGUCACUCACAGGGACUCUUGGUGUCCGUCGUUGUGGCCAUGUCAGACUCAUGGUCUUCGUUCUACGCCAACUGUCGUUUGAUUGUGGAAGCACUCUUUUGGUUGGGAUGGGAGAGUCAUCAUGGAGCGCCUCGCAGCUGUGUUUCUGCCAUAUCUUCUUCAAACAACAUCGACACUCCCUCCUACAUGCUUACUGUCAAGGGGAUCAAAGAACCGACGAUGGGCGCCAUUCUGAACCGGGUUAAUAAGGGCUUGUCCGAGAAUGCUCAGAUACAUCUGGCUCUGAUAAAUGCGCGAGAUCAAUACGUCGUGGCAGGACCCGUAUCGUCUCUUUCACACCUAUGCAGUUACUUGGACACCGUUGUGGGGCCUCCUAAAGAUCAAAGCCGAGUCCCUUUCAGCAACCGGAAUCCUUCCAUCAACUACGGAUUCCUGCUAAUCAGCGCACCAUUCCACACACCAUAUCUUGGAAGAGCCGCAAACUUGGUGAAGCAGCAUUUGGAGGGAAAGCAGAUCCUUCCUGAACAGCUACACAUCCCAGUUUACCACACGCGCACGGGCCAGGAUCUUCGGGGCAAUGUUGGGAAUAUACUCCAUGUUGCGUUGGAUGCCAUUGCACAGGAAAUAUGUGACUGGCCUGCGGCUUUGGCAGGACCUCCCGGCACACACAGGUCGCUUUUGAGCACACCGCACAUAUCACACAUUAUCGUAUUUGACCGGGGCGGAUUGGGUCCCUUGGUGAAACGUGUCAACGAUGGAUACGGAAUUCGCGUCAUCCAAGGCGGCGACCUUGACAGUCGUGAUCCAGAUAUCGGGACAAUGCGAGAUCUCUUCUCCCCUCGUUUGCUGGAUACUUCUCCCAGGCUCCAAAGUUGGGGUCAACGGUUUCAGCCACGCUUGACGACAUGCGGUAUUACUGGGCUGGAAACUCGUCUCAGUCGUCUACUAGGGACCCCUCCAGUCAUGGUGGCGGGGAUGACGCCCACCACCGUCCAUUGGGAUUUUGUGUCCGCCAUCAUUAACUCCGGAUACCACGUGGAGCUCGCAGUUGGAGGUUAUCACAGCGCGGCUGAUCUUUCCGCUGCUGUGCAUAAAUUGGCGAAAAAUAUUCCUCCUGGGCGCGGAAUCACCUGCAAUAUCAUUUACGCUAAUCCGCGGGCAAUCCGUUGGCAAAUUUCCGCCCUACGUCGACUUUCCCAAGAGCAAGUUCCCAUCGACGGACUGACCAUUGGGGCCGGAAUCCCAUCGCCAGAUAUUGUCGCCGAAUACAUUGAAACCUUAGGGAUCCGUCACAUUGGAUUUAAGCCAGGAUCCAUCGAGUCAAUCCAACAGGUGGUGCAAAUUGCAAAGUCUCAUCCAAAUUUCCCUAUCAUCCUGCAGUGGACCGGGGGGCGUGGCGGAGGACACCACUCGUACGAAGAUUUCCACUCACCGAUCUUGAGCACGUAUGGACUCAUUCGCCAAUGUUCCAAUCUUUACCUGGUUGCCGGGAGUGGCUUUGGCGACGGUGAUAGUGUUUACCCCUAUAUUUCUGGCUGCUGGUCGACCUCUUUCGGCCAUGCUCCAAUGCCAUUCGAUGGCGUGCUGCUCGGUAGUCGCAUGAUGGUGGCUAGAGAAGCCCAUACCUCGUCUGCCGUCAAAGCCAUUAUUACCAAUACACCCGGAGUCCCCGAUCAAAAAUGGGAGAAAACGUACAACUGUCCCGCUGGAGGAAUCAUUACCGUUCGGUCGGAAAUGGGAGAGCCCAUCCACAAGGUGGCAACCAGGGGCGUGCUGCUGUGGGCAGAAUUGGAUAAAACCGUUUUCAAAUUACCAGCCAAAGAUCGCGUAGCUUUUUUGCGCCAACAUCGAGAGCGGAUCAUCAACCGCCUAAACGCGGACUUUGCAAAGCCGUGGUUUGGUCGCAAUUCCUCCGGAGAUGUGGUCAGUCUCGAGGAGAUGUCUUAUCUCGAGGUGCUCACUCGCAGUAUCGAACUGAUGUAUAUUGCUGGUCAAAAUCGAUGGAUCGAUGAUUCCUAUGUGGGUUUCGUCUUCCGUUUUGCCAUCCGGGCUUUGGGCAGACUGUGCAGUAACAUCGAUCAAGGCGGCAAUUUGACUCGCGAGGCUCUGGCGGGGAACCCAUAUUCCUUUACUAGUACAUUCUCCCGGGCGUGCUCUGAUGCGUCAGAAAAGGUACUAAACCCAGAAGACUGCUCCUUCUUUCUGAUGGAGUGUAAGAGGCCUAAGCAGAAACCGGUCAAUUUUAUCCCCGCCCUCAACGAAGACUUCGAGCUCUACUUCAAGAAAGAUUCACUGUGGCAGUCAGAGGACAUUGAUGCCGUUGUUGGACAGGAUGCAGAGCGGGUCUGCAUACUCCAUGGACCAGUUGCAGCCCAGUAUUCUCAGGAUCGAAACGAAUCAGCAAAAGAGAUCCUAGACUCGCUGAUGGAAUCUCUGGUCAAUCGCAUUCAACAGAACAUAUCAGACGACGGCACACUGGGCUUGAACAGCGGACCAAUUACGCCUGAUUCUUGGUCCACAGUGUCAGCGGUGGGAAAGGAAAUCCCAAUUGAUCUUAUUGCAAACAAUUCCGCCACGUCGGUUACCAUGAAUAAUGGGUACUUUCCAUCAGCACAUUCUCUCGAUCAUCGUCGGGAUAUGCCUCCCUGGAUGCAAGCUCUGUUGGGCGACAGGAUGAUCUUGCAGAAUGAGACGCGAUGUAUGAACCCAUUUCGCCAAUUGCUCGACAGUAGCCCUCAUGCUACCAUUCACACAGACCCCGAUCACCCGGAAAUUGUUGAUAUCACCAUGGGUACAUCCAAGUCAAUGUCGUCAAUGCGGGCAUCAUGCCAUAACGGGGUGGACAUUUUAGUCGAAAUGACAUAUCCCAUGAAUUCACAACCCUUACAGCUCAUGUACCAGUUUGACCCCGGCCGCGUGCCCUUUUCGUUGAAUGAGGUAAUGGACUGUCGGAAUAAACGAGUCAAGUCCUUCUACAGCAAAACUUGGUUUGGCGAUAGUGACUCGUCCAUGAGCAUGCGCGAUACAUUCAAGGGGACCGAAAUGAAUCUGACGCGAGAUUUGCUAGAGGCUUACAUUGACGCCGUGGGCCCGGCUUUCCAAGACUACAGGCUCAUCUUCCCGGAGUCCCAAAACCUACCAAUAAGUAUCGGAAUUAUCGUGGUCUGGGAUGUCAUUUCGCGGCCUCUGGUGCUGAGCGAAAUCGACGCCGAUCUGCUUCAGUUGGUCCAUCGCUCAAAUUCAUUUGAAUACUACUCCGGAGCGGAGCCUCUGCGUAUUGGUGACACCGUCAACUCUAGCGCCACCGUCCAGGCUGUGCAUGUGGGAGAGACAGGGAAAACAGUGGUUGUGGAAGCACAAAUCACUCGGUCUGGAUACCCUGUCAUGAAAGUGGCAUCGACAUUCUUCUUCCGGGGUGCUUCCAACACCGUUAAGAACACGUUCCGCCGAACGAAAGAAGCAUGGGCACUUCAGCUGCCGUCGCAGCUCGAUGAGACAAUCUUACUCGAUCGAGAUUGGUUCAAGCCACAAAGCGACCUACCGUCCUUGACUGGCAAGACUGUCGUUUUCGAAUUGGAAAGUCAUAUCACAUUCAAAGAGGAUGGUGGAUAUAGCAGUCUCCACGUUACGGGAACCGCAGUCUCCCAGUUAGGGGGAUAUCAAUGGGAGCAGGUCGGCUUGGUGGACUUCCAGAGCAGCGACUGUGUUGGAAAUCCUGUCCUCGAUUACUUUCAGCGUAAAGGGUCACCGACUGGCAAUACGAUUGAGUUCAAGACACCCGGCUGGUCUGGGCCGUCGUCGAUCGACAUUCAGAUGCCGGCCUCUAACCAACCCUAUGCCGAAGUUUCCAAAGAUUGCAAUCCCAUCCAUGUCUCGACAAUGUUUGCCACUUUGGCCGAACUACCGGGAACUCUAUGUCAUGGGAUGUGCACCUCAGCAGUCGCCGCAUCAUGUCUUGAGCACCUCGUUCUUGGCGGGGAUUGGACACGUCUGCGUAGGUUCUCGACCACUUUUACCAGCAUGGUGAUGCCGUUGGAGAAGCUGGUGGUUGAGCUCGAGCAUGUCGGCAUGGUUGACGGCCGGAUGCGCUUUGGCGUCCAUGCACGUCGCAAAGAGAACAGCGAGACUGUGUUAGAGGCCGAGGCCGAGGUUGAACAGCCCGCCACGGCAUACUUGUUUACCGGGCAAGGUAGUCAGAGCAAAGGUAUGGGACUGGAAUUGUAUGAGAGCAGCUCAGUCGCCAAAGCCCUGUGGGAUGACAUCGACGCCCAUAUUUUUGAAACAUACGGCUGGUCAAUUUUGGAUAUUAUUCGCAACAAUCCCAAGACGCUGACUAUCCACUUUGGCGGUCGUCAAGGGCGCAAGAUCAAGCAAAAUUACCUCGACAUCACGACUGAAGUAGUACUUCCCAAUGGAGUUUGCACCAAGAAACCCGUGCUGGCCAACAUCACUCCCGAAUCCACGUCAUACACCUUCAGUGAUGCCCGAGGACUAUUGUAUUCGACCCAGUUCGCACAACCAGCCAUCUUGCUUUUCGAAGCGGCAACGUUCGCGGAGAUGCGGAAUCAGGGAUAUGUUUCUCAGGGCGCCAUGUACGCUGGCCACUCCCUGGGCGAAUACGGGGCGUUGGCAGCUUUAUCUCCAUAUGUGCCCACCAAGGCUCUAGUCGAACUGGCCUUUUACCGGGGAUUGAUGAUGCAGGCCUCCGUAUCGCCGGAGCAGGGGAGCGCUACGUACGGCAUGGUGGCAGCUAACCCGAGACGCGUGGGCAAAUUGAAGAUAAUAGCCUCAGAGAGCCAAGAGCUGCUGGAGAUUGUGAACUAUAAUUUGGAGGGAGAGCAAUACGUGUGUGCGGGAACGACUGCCAACCUUUACGUACUCGGCAAGCUCAUCGAUCGCAUCGCGCAAGCUCCCGAUGGUGCCCAACACGUUCAGCAAGUAGUUCACGCGACGGACGCGACGAGCGAGCUCCACACGCUGACGCGGGACCUCAUUGGCCAGGCUCGGUCGCUGGCAUUGCCGAUCACCCUCGAACGCGGACAGGCGACGAUCCCCUUGCAGGGCAUUGACGUGCCGUUCCACUCGAGCCACUUGCGGUCGACGGUGGAUCGGUUCCGCCAGUGUCUGCACAAGCCGGGACUCUUCCAGGGAAAUGUCGAUUUCGAGGCGCUGGAGGGUCGAUACAUCCCGAACUUGGUGGCUAAGCCGUUCUCUCUAGACGAAGACUACAUCCGAGAGGUUUUUGAGUUGACGGGCAGUCCGGUUCUGGCGGAGAUUCUGGGGUUGGACAAGAGCAGUUGAAUUAAGGGUUGAUUAAUGGUUUUUUGGGCUGG